AUGCAAACACGAGAAGGGAACAAUGUUGGGAACCUCCCUGACACUCAGCCUUUGUCAUCUUCAUCGGAAAAUAAUGACGACGUGAGUUCCAUCUCUUUGAGUCAAAAUUCAUCAUCUCCAUUUGCUCAUCAUCAACUCCCUCUAGAGACCAUUGUUUCUGAAUCAGAAAUUAACUUGGCUGCUUCAGUUCUUGAGAGACUUUCUCAUCACUCCUAUCAUUUACAAGACCCGCGAUUAGCCCAAUUAAUUCAUGCUGGAUCUUUACUAUUCAAAAGAAAGAUUUCCAAGGAAGAACAAGCAGAAAUGAAAAGAGAAUCAAGAAAAAAGGCUAAAGAGAAAUUUAAAAAUCACGACAAGAGCAUUCUCAUGCAAUCAGUGAUGCAAAUGAAAAAACAUAAUGAAGUUCAUUACUUGAGACAACAAAUUGCAAUGAUUCCAAACGCACCAAAUAGUGAGGUACCAAAACUUACUCACGCUGAAGAAGAUGAAGUCAUUAUUGAGAGUAUUACAGAUGAAGAUGUUGUGUCAAGUUGUAGAAAUUCUUCAAAUGAACAAAACGAUAAAAAGAGCAUGACUGAGACCAUGAACGACAACAACGAACAAAACGGGACAGCAUCUGACAUGAUCCAACCGUCCAACAGUAAUAACUCUAACAAACUGUUGAGAGCUGUGAGAUGUUAUAUUUGUCACGAAAAGACCCAUGAAAUACAUCACUUUUAUCAUAAAAUGUGCCCAAAAUGUGGAGAAUUCAAUUUAGAAAAGAGAAACCAAACAAUGGAUAUGACGGGUAAAAUUUGUUUAGUCACAGGUGGUAGAAUUAAAAUUGGGUUUUACACUGCCCUCAAAUUAUUGAGGUGUAAUGCUGAAUUGGUGAUUGUCACUUCUAGAUUUCCAAAAGAUUGUGCAAAGAGAUAUUCAUUAGAACCUGAUUUUGAAAUGUGGAAAGAUCGUCUCAAAGUUUAUGGUAUUGAUUUUAAACAUAUUCCUUCAGUGGUACAAUUUGCCGAUCACCUUAAUCACACGCUUCCUAGAUUGGAUAUUCUUAUUAAUUGUGCAGCUCAAACCAUUCGAAAACCUACUGCAUACUACGAACAUGUGGCAAAAUAUGAAUUAACGACAAGUCUUCAAGACCUAUCUGAAACGCAACGAAAAUUAUUGCCUUUAGAUUUUUCAAUGAAAAUCAUGCCAGAACAAAAAGAUAUUGCACUUCGAAUGUUAUCAUCAAUGGAAAAGAGAGAGGCCCUCGAAUACAAUCCACGAUCGAAGAAUAAUGAUGAACAUGAGGAGAAUUCUACAAUUACACUUCAUACCCCUCAUUCUACUUCACUUAAAUAUAAUGCUAUGAGAGAUGAAGUGAAUGUGAGCUCGAGCAGUUUGUUGUGUCAAAUUCCAAUUCUAGAUGAGGACAAGUCGUACAAUGAACAAAGUUUUCCAAGAGAUGUAUUUGAUGUUAAUCAGAAUCAAGCAGAUUUUAGAAAUACAAACUCGUGGAUUCAAAAAUUGGAUCAGGUGCCUGUUUUUGAAAUGCUUGAAGUUCAAACCAUUAAUGUCACUGCUCCAUUUAUUUUGACAUCCAAAUUGAAACCUCUUUUAGAGCACGGAGCGACUCAUUCAUCAACAACCAAUCCUACUCAUGAACCAAUGAGCUUUGUUAUUAACGUUAGUUCAAUGGAAGGACAAUUUUAUAGGCGUUCAAAAGGAGUGCAUCACCCACACCUUAACAUGGCAAAAGCCUCUCUGAAUAUGAUGACAAGAACAAGUGCUGCUGAUUAUGCCAAAGACUUUAUUUACAUGUCUUCAGUGGAUACAGGAUGGAACAAUGAUGAGAAUCCUUUGAGCGACUUGGAGAAUAUAUCACAAACAUACUAUUGUCCAUUGGACGAAGUGGAUGGUGCUGCUAGAAUCUUGGAUCCAAUCUUUUUGGCCUUGCAAGGUAAACAGAAAUAUUUUGGCGUUUUCUUGAAGAAUUAUUCUCCUUUCAGAUGGUAG